UCACGACAUGAGCUCAUGAAGGUACGUCCCUGCAGCAACACAAAACAUAACUUUGGAUACUUCACUUUUUCAGAGGCACUUAUUGAACAGCGUUUGAUUUUCUUCUAUUCUACGGUAGGCUUUAACCAUGUAAGCAUUUUCGGUCAUAUAUUCAAACAUCUACCUUUAUCUUCAAUGUGUUAUUUUUGCAGCGUCUGUCUGACAGGAAGCCACUUGCAGAGACGGCAGAUGAGCAGUACUUUGCAUUGUCUUCAUUACUGCGUGAAGAGAUCGUCUGUGGUGAAGUGCUAAUGGUUGUCUUGGGUUGAAUUCUUCUAUUUGAUAUUGUUUUUGCUCUCUGCAAAGAUGGAACAAAGUUUUGCUGAUCUUCUGAGCGAUGCUUUCCCAGGUAAGCAGUUUGGCUCCGUUUUGUGGGUUUACUCCGUAUUUUUAAACCAUUUGCAGAGUUUUUCCAUUUAAAAAUGAUGAUGUUGUUACAGAAACAUCGAGUCCGUCAUUUAAUGAUGGAGAUUUGGAUUUUGAGAAUUUAAGUUUCAGUGAAGAGGAAAAAGCAGACGUCUCUGAUGACAGCCGACAGACAAAGGAAGAUAAUGUUCUGCAGCAGGAAACCACUUCUGCGCCUGAAAGUGCAGAUGUAGACAUGGCAGAAAGUUAUGAUAAAGACCAGUCUGAAGAGGAGGAUUUUCAAGAUGUAAAGGUGAUGAGCAGGGAUCAAACACUGGAGGAGGAUUACACAAGCUCAGAGGGAGAUUCUGAACAGGAAGGGUCUGCUGUCUCUGAGGAUGGUGAGGAUAAUGAGGAAGAGGAAGAAGAUGUCAGAGCAGGAGAGGAACCAGGAGAUUUGUUGAUGUCAGUGUGCUUCGGUGGUUAUAAAGAGGACAGGAUCUUUGCAGACGGACAACCUCUGGCCCCUCAGGGUGCUGAAAACGCUCUAGAUAGGAACAAAGAGCAAGGUGACGAGGAGGUGUCCUAUUUUGAGAGAGUCCCUGAAGAUGGUGGUGAGAUGGGGAUAAAAGGUGACAGGAAUGAUGAUGAAGAUGAUGAAGAAGAGGAGAAGGAGGAAGCACAGCAAGAGGACUCAUCUGAUUCUGAGAGUGAGGACAUGAAAAUCGAACAAGAGGAAGAAGAGGAUCGCUGCGAUGUGCAGGAGGUUGAAAAUCCUCACGAGAGGGAGAAACUGAGCUUGGAGUUUCCAGAACUAUCUGUGAAAAACCUGGAGGAUCUCCUGGCUGAGGUUGAGGGAGAGGAGUGCAUGGAGAAAGUGGAGGACUUCUCAGGGGAGGAGCAUCAAGAGGCAGGUGAGAGCUUUGCAGAGUAUCCUUCGGACUUUUCUUCUUGUGAAUAUGUGGAGGAAAAACACCAGCUGUAUGAAAGCAGUUCAGCUACAGAUCAAAACACCUUCCUGAAAAAAGAGAGAAUCGGCAUGGAACAAGGUGAGAACACAGAUGAGGACGGAGAUGAGUAUCUGUACAGCAGAAAUCUAGAGGACGAGGAUGAGUUAGGCCUGGAUGUCGAGAGUGAGGGGAAAGAAAGAGGAAAGUUGGAGCCCCUCAGGGUUGAUGCAGGGUAUGAUGAUGAAAGUGACACAGAUGAAAGUGGUUCCUGCAGCUCCAGCGAUGAUGAUGAUGAGGAUGAGGAAGAGGAGGAAGAGGAGGAAGAGGAGGAGGAGACAAAGAGGAGCAAUGAGGAGCUAAAUAUUUACACAGAAAAUUUGGGUCUACAAGAAAACAGGGAGCACAAAGAGUCUCCGCUUCACAGUGGAAGCAACACAGAGUUUUCCACCUGGAGCACAUCAGGUGGGCACCUCAGAGAGGACCCAGCAGAUCUCCACACAGACUGGAAUCCUGGCGUGUUGACAACUUCUGCACUUCAGAUUGAAGAGCUUUUAACCACAGAGAGCACAAACAGAGCGGAAACAUUACACUCAGACGUGACUCAUCCUGCAGAGGAUGUCUACUUAUACUCAGCUGUGCAGAGAGAAGACAAGAAAACCUCAAGCUCUUCAAGCCAGGGGUCUCUAGAUGAUAGUUUCUUCUUCAACACUGGCGUUGAGUCCUCCGGGAUUACGGAGCUCUCACAACAGGAGGAUGAUGAGUAUGAAGAGCAGAGAAACUGGGAUCAAGACCAGGAGAGAAUCAAGUCUUUCUAUAAGUUUUAUGACGACAGCGACAAAGACGAAGGAGGAGAAGGUAAGUGUUAGUGAAUCUUUGCUGAUUCAGUGUUAAGCAAAUUCUGAAUCUCACCUGUUUGCUGUUUUUUUUAUUAUUAUUAACAGAGAGGCAGAUUAAAGUUCAGUUUUGUGAAGAUCCUCUGUCUCGAGUCAUUCACUUUGAAUCUGACAGGUAAGCAUCUCAGACUUUAGAUGAUCUAUUUUUCUCAAACAAUGACUACAAUCUGAGCGUGACCAACCAUCUACUUUCUCCUUUCCUCAAAGUGACAGAGAUUCAAUGAGCAGCUCAACAGACGUGGAGGAGGACCUCAGCUCUGCAGAAACAUCUGAGGUGUGCAUGCAGAUUCAUACACGCACAAAUAGAAAAAACAAACACACAAACACAACACAAAGAUGUUUUAGUACCUGUCUGUCUUCUAGCAGGAUUUACAGGAGCCUGUGAACAACAACAUGGAAACAAAAUCUGCUCUGGAGCCCCCAAUCACAGAGGUACCAGAGGAUGUGCCAGAUCUUAGAACCAAACUGACAAGUACCACGAAACAUAGAGUAAGCAUCCACUUGUUUUUUAACCUAGCAUUCACUUUGAUUGUUUAUCUAUUUACCUGUGUCUUCCUGUCCUUUUCUUUGUUCUUGCAGGGUGUCCACAUACUGAAGCUGACUCUGAAGAUGGCUGUGGUGAUACUGAUGGGACUCGUAAUGUUCUGGUUGGUCACAGAGCAUGACGAAAUGCCAAGUCCUGCAUCUCUUCUGAAGGGCAAAGCCUAAUUGUGUGAUACAACAAAAAAAAAAAAAUUAAAUCCAGACUGACUAUAAAAUAUUGUUGAAAAAAAAGUUUAACAUUUAAUCAUGAAUUGCUUUUAUCUGUAAUUUGCAGAAUUAUGCUAAAUAAAGAUUUAACUUUUAUUUCAUUGAUGCAGACCUAUUUGUUUAAACUGUAGAUGAGCAUAGCCCUGAAUAGUUACUAUAAUGUAACAGAGAUUCAAAAUAACCUAAGAAUUUAAACUUAAUGUAAUAGAAAAGUCAAAGUAAAUACCGUAUGUGUGCUUCAUUUGAGUAUUUCUACAACUCCUUACACAUAGGGAUUAGUACUUUUAGGAUUUACAUAGAAGAUUGAAUUAAAAAAAAUGACACUUAUUGUACCUGCAUAUCCAUAUUUUUUUUUUUACAUUUUAAAACUACAUUAUGUAUAAAAUAUAACCAUUUGUACUGUAUAUGCUAAUGCACUCUUAAAAAAUAAACAAAAAUGAAUAAUGUGUUGCAUUAUGAA